AGCCGAAGAUGUUGGCUCGGCCAUUUGAUCAACUGUGUCCAAUCACAGCUGAUCACAUCAGUGCCACCUGUCAGUGUCCAUCAGUGCCAGCUGUCAGUGCUCAUCCAUGCCACCUGCCAGUGCCCAUCAGUGCCACAUUUCAGUGCCCAUCAGUGCCACAUCAAUGCCACAUAUCAGUGCCCAUCUGAGCUGCCUUUCAGUGUCACCCAUCAGUGCCACCCCUAUCAAUGCCAGUCAGUGCCACCUAUCAAUGCUUCCAAUCAGUGCCGCCUAUCAGUGCCUGUCAGUGCUGCCUGUCAGUGCCGCCUAACAGUGCCACCUAUUAGUGCCAGUCAGUGCCACCUAUCACUGCCAUAUUUGAGUUCUGCCUUUCAGUGCCCAUCGGUGAUGCCUGUCAAUGCCCAUCAG